AUGAAUUCACAUCACUUUGAAUCCUUCGGUGUUCGUUUCACUGAAAAAAAUUAUUCUUCUUGGGAGUUUCAGUUUCAGUUAUUUGUCACCGGCAAAGAACUAUGGGGCCAUAUAGAUGGAAGCAAUCCUGCUCCUACUGAUGAAACAAAGCUAAGUGAAUGGAAGAUUAAAGAUGCUAGGGUGAUGACAUGGAUUCUAGGUUCAAUUGACCCUCUUGUUGUUCUUAAUCUCAGGUCGUACAAGACAACUAAGGCCAUGUGGGAUUACUUACAAAAGGUUUACAACCAAGAUAAUAGCGCAAGACGCUUUCAGUUAGAGUAUGAAAUUGCUAAUUACUCUCAAGGAGAUAUUAUCUAUGUCAAAAUACCUACUGAAUCUCUAUCAGUGAUUCAGGCAGUUCAUGAGCAAAGCAGUGAGACCAUUUUUUGA